AUCUAAAAUCUAAUCCCACUUAAGCCCCCUCCGCUCUAGUUGGCCUUUUUGCUGACAUUAUCAUCAUGGCCAGCCUUUUUUUUCUUUUUUUAUAAAUAUAUCCACAUUAUUUUAGGGUUUCAAUGAGAAUUUGUAUAAUGAUCAACUAAACUAUAGAGUAUCAAAAAUUACUUUUGACGUUCCAUUUUCUUUCUUUUUUCAUGUUGCUGAUAAAUUUGUGAAAUCUACUAGUCCAUCACUUAGCUUAGUUGGCCAUCAUCCAUCUACAAACUACAGUACCAGACAUCCUGACAUCCGAUUGAACAUUGCAUUCAGAACAGGGGACUGACUAGCUUUGGUUUUACAAAGUAGUUUCCAAAAAUGUUCACCGCUCAACAAACGCCCACUUCCAAGUCAAACAUCUACGCCACCGCCGCCCUGCCCAGGGCGGCGGUAGCCGGCAGCAGUCUCACCAGAAUCACCCAGGUCAAGGUGAACAGAAGAGGAUCUGUAAUGGCAGUGAUCAGUGGAGGAGACAACAAGACUGUUGAGGCUCCUAAAGUGGUGGAAACCUCCGAGAAGUAUAAUGGGUCGUUGCCAUCUUCUUCAAGUGGUGGCGGGUUGGUUGAUGUGAGGGCAGUGAUCACCAUCAGGAAGAAGAUGAAGGAGAAGAUCGCCGAGAAGCUGGAUGAACACUGGGAGUCUUUCAUUAAUGGGAUCGGUCAGGGCAUCUUGAUCCAGCUGAUCAGUCAAGAUCUUGAUCCUGUGACCAAGUCUGGAAAGAUUGUUGAGUCUAGUGUCCGGGGCUGGUUGCCUACCCCAUCGAGCCAUCCUUAUAUAGUUGAGUAUGCUGCUAACUUCAGGGUGCCGAACGACUUUGGACGUCCUGGGGCUGUCCUCAUCACCAAUUUCCAUGGAAGGGAGUUCCACUUGAUGGAGAUUGUCAUUCACGGUUUCAAGGAUGGCCCGGUGUUUUUCCCUGCUAAUACGUGGAUUCAUUCAAGGAAAGAUAAUCCUGAGAGCAGAAUUAUUUUCUCUAAUCAGGCAUAUUUACCAUCGCAAACACCAGCAGGAAUUAAAGAUCUUCGACGUGAGGACCUACUUAGUAUUCAGGGAAAUGGGAAAGGUGAGAGGAAGCCACAUGACAGAAUCUAUGAUUAUGCCCCUUAUAAUGAUUUGGGUAAUCCCGACAAGUCUGAGGAUUUAGUUAGGCCAGUCCUGGGCGAUGAGGAGAGGCCUUAUCCUAGGCGCUGUCGAACUGGACGACCUCCAACUAAGUCAGAUCCAUUCUCUGAGAGGAGAAUAGAAAAGCCCCAUCCCGUUUAUGUUCCUCGUGAUGAAACUUUCGAGGAGAUUAAACAAAACACUUUCUCUGCUGGAAGACUGAAAGCUCUGUUACACAAUCUGAUACCAUCUAUUGCUUCUGCACUGUCGAGUUCGGACAUACCUUUCGCGUGUUUUUCUGACAUAGACAAGCUAUACAAUGAUGGCGUUGUUUUGAAAGAUGAAGAAUGUAAAGAAGCAGUUGAAAAUCAAUCUGUCAUCGACAAAUUGAAACGGAUAGUAACUAGUGGGCAAAGGUUGUUAAAGUAUGAAAUACCGGCCAUAAUUAGAAAGUUCCAAUUUGGGAACCCUUCGCCACCCAUUUUCUACAUGUUUGCAGGGGAUAGAUUUGCAUGGCUGCGGGACAACGAGUUUGCACGACAGACUUUAGCAGGGGUCAACCCCGUAAACAUUGAAUUACUGAGGGAGUUUCCAAUUCUGAGCAAAUUAGAUCCUACAGUUUAUGGCCCGCUGGAGUCUGAAAUAACAAAAGAGCUGAUAGAGCAAGAACUGCACGGCAUGAGUUUGGAAGAGGCUAUUGAGAAUAAGAGGUUGUUUAUACUUGACUACCAUGACCUACUUUUGCCAUUUAUUGAGAAGAUGAACUCCUUGCCUGGGAGAAAAGCUUAUGCCUCAAGGACAAUUUUCUUCUACACCCCUACUGGUUUCUUAAGGCCAAUUGUCAUAGAGCUUUCACUUCCUCCAAUACCUUCUUCAAGCAACAAGCGCAUUUACACUCAUGGACAUGAUGCUACAACUCAUUGGAUUUGGAAGCUAGCCAAAGCUCAUGUUUGUUCCAAUGAUGCUGGAAUCCACCAACUAGUGAACCACUGGUUGAGGACUCAUGCUUGCAUGGAACCUUACAUACUUGCCACGCAUAGGCAGCUUAGCUCAAUGCACCCAGUUUACAAGUUGCUCCAUCCCCAUAUGCGCUACACGCUAGAAAUCAAUGCACUUGCAAGACAAAGUUUAAUCAAUGGAGGAGGAAUAAUUGAGGCUUGUUUUAGCCCAGGAAAGUAUUCCAUGGAGAUAAGCUCUGCAGCCUACAAGAGUAUGUGGCGAUUCGAUAUGGAGGCACUACCAGCAGAUUUACUUCGGAGGGGUAUGGCCGUUGAGGAUCCUACGAUGCCCUGUGGUGUGAAACUUGUGAUCGAAGACUACCCCUAUGCAUCCGAUGGACUCCUCAUAUGGUCUGCUAUUGAAGAACUGGUGGAAUCCUACGUCGCAUACUAUUUUUCUGGGCCUAACUCAGUCACAUCUGACACCGAGCUCCAAGCGUGGUGGAAAGAGAUCAAAGACAAGGGCCACUACGACAAAAGGGGCGAGUCUUGGUGGCCUAAACUCAACACCGCCGAGGACUUAUCCAGCAUCCUGACCACAAUGAUCUGGAUCGCUUCAGGCCAGCACGCAGCCAUAAACUUCGGGCAGUACCCCUUUGGCGGGUACGUGCCUAACCGCCCCACACUCAUGAGGAAACUGAUCCCUCAAGAAGGCAAUGAGUACGAGAAGCUGAUCCACAAUCCGCAGUAUACGUUUCUGUCUUCUUUGCCAACUCAACUUCAGGCCACCAAAGUAAUGGCUGUCCAGGACACACUCUCGACUCACUCUGCAGAUAAAGAGUAUCUGAACGUGUUGCACCAUCUUCAGAGCCACCUGAUCAGUGAUCAUGAAGUUGCAGAGAUGUUCAAGAAGUUUGGGGCCAAGUUGGAGGAGUUAGAGAAGACGAUAAAUGGGAGAAAUAAGGAUGCCAGGCUGAAGAAUCGUAAUGGUGCUGGGGUUCCUCCAUAUGAGCUGCUUCUUCCGUCUUCAGGUCCAGGGGUCACUGGUCGAGGUAUUCCCAAUAGCAUCUCUAUUUGAGAUAUGUAUAUGUAUAUAUGUAAGUGUGUCUGUCUGUCUUGACUUGACUUCAACCUUCUUUUUUUUAUUUUUGUGUGUAGAGAAACAGAUUUUGUAUUUCGUAUAGUAGGUUGAUGAAUGAUAAGUGGUUGGAAUGAGUA